AUGAAAAUCCCGAGGGCUAGUCCUGAAACAAAUAAUAACAAAAAGUCCAAAGAGUACAUUUUACUGAAUCGAACCUUUCAAGACCAUGUGCUUCUGGAGGAUCCGUUUGUCCAACCAUUAUUAAUGCAUCACCCACCGGAAUCAGAACUCCAUGGGCAUCGUCUAAUGUUUCGUCUAGCUGAAAUGCCAGAGAAUGAACAACUCAUCGCAGCCAGUCUUCGCUUGCGUUAUGAACCUACCACAACCCGGAAUUCUACGACAGAAUCUGAUCGUUUUCGUGCACACUGUGGUCAUCAGAAAAUCGAUCCACAUUACUGGCCAAUAACGUUGUGGUUACACUACGAUCUAAAUGAUCAAUCGAUUCCGUGGGAUUUAGAAACGGUUGGAUCUUUUGAACCGGAUGAACCGAGUUGUGAAUGGUCUUUGGGGAUGAACAACUACACAAUGCUGCAUCUUCCUCCCGGUUGGUUUCAUAUUCCUCUUAGUUCGACUAUUUUGAAUAUGCUACAACAAGUGAAUAUGCAUUCAAAUCCCACCAAGUAUGUGACAGUUCGAUUGCGCAGCCUCGUUCCCCGCAUCGAUCGUGGACAAACACUUGACAAAUUACGUUUGCAUCCACGUUCCGCCAAUGGAUUUGACAUGUCUCAAUGGUUGCACGAGGCUCCGCAUCUAUUCACAUUUCAUCGAGACCCACAGGUGCUACUGAAAUCGUCCAAACGAACGCGUCGAUCGGUGCCCGAACAACCUACAAGGUCACCUGAACUGGGGAGAACUACUACGAAACCAAAGAUCAACAGCAAGUCUUUUCACAAUAAACCGGUCAAAGAAGCGAUCAUGGAUCUACGGACAAGAACACUGAACGAGACACCAAUCUCACGUUCAAGCUCGCAUUAUUUCCCCGCUGCACCAGCUUCAGACGAAACAUCUGCUUCACGUCUUAGCUGGCAGCCUUCACAACUUGCCACGACUCCAAAUGAGGUUUCAUCUUCUUAUUCAAGUCGGAAACCACCACUUCCUGCCCCGGUUUUGGAUGAGGCGCUCACUCAGACCGGCAGCCUCGCGCAACGGUUACGACCUCGGUUUCAUGUUCAAGUCAACCCGAUGCAGCUUUGUCUUGACUAUCGAACGAGACUUCUGUUUCACGUUCUGGUCGAAGGAUAG